GCUGUAAUCUGGUGUGACGCCACUAAUCCGACUGCUACAAAUCACAGGUCCCCUCCGCCCUGCUCCGCACAGACCUCUGCGGCUCCCCGCCAGUGACUUCACAUCUGCCUCAGCACCAAGCUGAUUUAAAGAGCCGAAGACAUGGCUGUGGUUAGUGGAACUUACCGUAUGGUGUCGGAGGAGGAGCAGGCUCUUCGGUCGAAGCUGGAGCGUCUGACCGUCAAGGACCACGGGCCAGCGUUCGGUCCCUGCGCCAACCUGCCCGACCACACUAAGCAGAAGGCCAAGGACGAGCUGAACGAGACGGACGAGAAGCGGGUGGCUGCGGUGAAGGAGCUGCGGGGGAUAAUGAAGGAGAAGGCGGAUGCGGGCGACGAUGUGGCCAAGGGGGUGCAGGACACGUUCGGGGAGAAACCAGACAGUUUGCUGGUGCGCUUCAUCCGCGCCAGGAAGUACGACGUGCCCAGAGCCUUCGAACUCAUGAAGGGCUACGUGCGCUUCAGGAAGGAUUACCCCGAGCUGUUUGAGAAUCUGACCCCAGAGGCCGUGCGCAGCACCAUCGAGGCCGGCUACCCCGGCAUCCUGCCGGGCAGGGACAAGUACGGCCGCGUGGUGCUGCUCUUCAACAUCGAGAACUGGGACUACGAGGAGAUCACCUUCGACGAGAUCCUCCGUGCCUACUGUGUGAUCCUGGAGAAGCUGCUGGAGAACGAAGAGACCCAGAUCAACGGGUUCUGCAUCAUCGAGAACUUCAAGGGGUUCACCAUGCAGCAGGCGUCGGGAAUCAAACCCACCGAGCUCAAGAAGAUGGUGGACAUGCUGCAGGAUUCAUUCCCUGCCCGUUUCAAGGCUGUGCACUUCAUCCACCAGCCCUGGUACUUCACCACAACCUACAACGUGGUCAAACCCCUCAUGAAGAGCAAGCUGCUAGAGAGGGUGUUCGUUCACGGGGACGAGCUGGAAAACUACUACAAGGAGUUUGACGCCGACAUCCUCCCGGCCGAGUUCGACGGGAAGGGCGCCAAGUACGACGGCAAGGCCACGGCAGCCAAGCUCUUCGACUAGACAUCCUCCACCCAUCAUCGUGUACCCCAUAGACUGUGGAAACUCUCAAAAGCCCAAUCUAGCUGUGUGGUUGUAGACAAAAAAGAAGAAGUCAUGAAUGAAAGUCAUGAGUGUGUGAGAAGGGUCAAGUGAUGUCGUUCACCAGAGGUCCUGCCAAAGCACAACCCAAGUGGAAAACGAGGCGCUCUCUCUUACUCUCACACUUUCAGUCAUUGCUCCUCAUUUUUAGCAUUGAUGACCAAAGGCCAAUAACCAUUGACAGUCAGCGGUUGCUUUACUGAUUUCAUGUCACGCCAAUUUAGUGUGAAAAUCAAACUUUUGGGGUCUUUAAAACUACUAUAUUUUCACACAAUAAUGCGAUUUUAUGCUGGAGUUGCUCCCUUGAUGGCGUCCUCAGAGCUUGCCAGGAAACAACGAUCCCAUUAUCACACAAAAAAAAGGUUUAUUAAAGUCUAUUAAAUGUCAUUGCAUGAAGGAAAAGCGAGUAUCUCCCACUCUGAGCAGCACCCUGAGGUUUUCCCCGUCGCUCUCCUCCAUGAAGUUGUGCUUUGUCGGGACUUGCAGUUCCCCCACACAGCUUGUUGUGACACUGGCAGGCCCCAGAUUUUAUGUCCCCCCCCCCAAUACGAUUGUCAAACAAAUGUACAAUAAACUGUAUAUAAAUAUAAGUUGUAUUAGUUUUAUUCUACUCAUACAAAAAAAACAACAACAACAGAAAAUCCUGAUCAAGUUAAAAUAAACUUUUAUCAGUUAAUGGUUGAGAUCAAAUGCGGCUCAUCAGUCAAGGCUGUGCACCACAUCACUGCAAAAACAAAUUAUAAAUGUUACACCCAUAUGCUGGUAUGUACUAUAUUGUCACACAGUACAACAGAACUGUACGGACAGUAAAGUGCAAGCAAAACAGUCAGGACACAAUGUACAUUACAGGCGGAGUCGCGGUGCCGCAGCAGGUUGGAUUCAGUUCAGUUUCACGUCAUACACACGUCAUAGGCACUUCUCAAAGGUGUGAUGACAAAGGCCACUAUAACAAUUGUUAUUGUCGAGUAACGGUAGAAAACUAAAAAAGGAAUUCCAGAACACUGUGUCAGUGCUUAAUGAACCUCUUGCUGAAUGACAUUUUCUCAUGGAAUUUUACUGGAAGUUAAGUUUUGUGCCGUAGUUUUCUGUGAUUCCAAGAAAGAAACUUAGCUGAGCGUAGCCAACUCCACCCAUCAUGUAUGUAGCAGUAGGCAGAUUCAAAGAACCCCCUCCCCCCUCCCAAAAAACAACA